CUGAAAGCUAGCAAACAAAAGUAUUUACCGUAGAGAAAAGUCCGUAUAUAAUUCUACAUACAUGUUUAUUUGUUAGAAAGUUCCUGGAUUGUUCAGAAUUCAUCAAAACAACUGGAAGUACUAGAUGGCCAACUUUAAAUGUCUGCAUCGAAGAGAGGAACCGGAUGACUUGUAUGAAACUCCCAAGUUUUCCUCUGCGAAUUGACACAAAAACGGUGUUGAGAAGUGUAAUGGUUAAAAAGGACAGAGCAAUACGCUGAACGUUUCAACCAGCGGAAAAGGACAUCACCCACUAAAAGUUGAAGAUCGCGGUUGCAGGGGUUUAGUUGGCUUCAAGUACAAGAAUGGUUGCUAUAAUGAAUUUCAAAGGUUUCCUUUGUUUGUUAACGAUGUGCGUUGCCGCAGACGGUCGACAUACUACUACUACUAGCGAUCUUUCGACUGGAGAAGCCGAGUUUAAGGUCACAGGUCUGGUUGGAGAGAAGGUUGAUCUUCCUUGUAAUGUGGAUGUAGGAUCUUGUGGAGAUGUAUAUUUCGUAACAUGGACUAAAAACGUCUCCAACGAAUGGAAACGCCUGUAUCUGUACAGUGAACCCGUGGAGAAACCACUACAGGAGCUGGCCAAUCCGGAUAGAGCGGACUUUUUCGUCCAUGAUUCUACAGCCUAUCUUAGGAUAUCUCCUUUAAAAAUUGAAGAUGAAGGAAAUUACAAAUGUGACGUCACUUAUGUUCAAGGAAAAUGUCCUUCCUUGUCGUAUGCUUUCCUAAAAGCAGUAGCUAAACCCACUCUACCAGUCAUUAAAAAGAAUGGGAAGAAAAUUGAAACAUCUACAGCUAUCGGGCCUUUCUACGAGGGUGAUUCUUUUUCAUUGCAAUGUUUAACGUUUGGAGGGAAGCCGACACCAGAAGUCUCCUGGUUGAAAAAUGAUGAUAUUAUUUCUGUACAGCCAACUGUACUAAACAACGAUCUUGGGAUAGCAAAUGUCACCGCCACGGUUCGAAUAAUUCUUUCAAGAAGUGAUUUGGGAAUUAGGCUAAGCUGUCAAGUGAAAAGCGAAGCCGUAGAAGACAUUUUAGUUAGUUGGAUUGAGGUAGAUUUGCAUGUGACACCAUUGUAUAUGAAAGUUGGAGGACCGACAAAACCCAUUAUAGAAGGGGAGAAGAUUUUACUUAGUUGUACAAUUGUGGGUGCUAAGCCUGCAGCGAACGCCACCUGGUAUAAUCGUUCCGAAACAAUUCAGCCGCAACCUCUCUCAGACGUUAAGCUUGCAAGUGAUGGGAGCUUCAAAACUAUUAGCAAUCUUGAAAUAAUUGUGUCACGAUACGAUCAUCAAGGAGUAUUUUACUGUAAGGGAUCAAAUCCUGUGGUGGAGAAGAAUCGUGAUCCUCCUUUAUUAAAAUCCAUCAGCCUGAAUGUUUUGUAUCCGCCAAUCGUAUUGAUGGAACCACGAUCGGGAAUCACCAUUAACGAGACUGAGGACGCCACAGUAGGCUGCACCUUUGAUGCCAACCCGUCCGAAGUGAGCGAUGUGAUUUGGUAUAAAGACCGCGUGCAGCUGUCGGUGGAAGACAAAGACAAAUUUAGAUUGAAGAACUCCGGUGAACUUACUCUAGUUAUACGGAAUGUGACACGCAGUGAUUCAGGGCUGUACUCAUGCACAUUAAGUAAUAAGGUUGGACGAGGGAGCCCAGAUAAGCAUAUUGAAAUCAAUGUAGUGUAUCCUCCAGUGGUAGAUAUAUCUAUAUCGCCUACAUUUAUCAACGAAAAUGACGGUUCUACUGUGUCUAUGAGAUGUUUAACAGUAGAUGGAAACCCCCGGAACCUUCUUCGGGUCCGAUGGUACAAAAAUGAACAGUUUAUGAAUGAAACUGUAGAAGAUCGGAUGGAGGUUGAAAACGUUAGUCGGGAAGCGACUGCUGAUUACACCUGCGAAGCAGAAAACUUAGCAGGCUGGGGCGACCGCUCAGAAUCCCAGAAACUAAUAGUUAACUAUCUCCCAGGUCCAGCAAAGGUGGUAGAGAUAACUUCUCCAGCAGUCAAAGGUCGAAGGUCAACCUUACAGUGUAUAGUAGAAGACUUGGGUAGUCCAAAGGCUACACAGUUCCAUUGGAAACACAGCAUCGAAGUUCUCCCUGACAUUUUCCAGAAUUAUACCACAGAUCCAGUUGGACUAGAUACACAAGGAAACUAUACUUGUUCAGCUGUUAAUAACGUAGGUAGAGGGCCAUCCGGAUACAUCAAUUUAGCAGCAAUGGCACCACCUUCUCUGAUCGACAGUCUUCCACGUGUUCAUGGAGCACCUUCGGACAGCAGUAGCGUGAGCAUUUCGUGUAGAAUUGAAUGCGAUCCCUUGUGUGAGAUUGAAUGGCUUCGUGAUGGAGAGAGUAUUAUGGAUUCUGAUUUGUUCUUCGUGAAGACAACGGUUCAUCCCGAGGAGUUACGUUCAAACCGAUUCAAAUCCGUUGUCAGCACUCUCCACUGGAACUUUACGGCUUGGCCAGGUGCUGCUCUAAGCCGAAACACCGACAACGCCAACUACACUUGUCAAAGUAGUAAGACUAUCAUAGGACCAGGAGUUGCAACUACAACCUUUUUUAAAGUAGAAUAUCCUCCAGAGAAUAUUACCAUGUCUACUUUCCAUCUGGAUGUUGUGGAGGGAGAAGUGCCAGACAAGAUUAAAUGUACCGCGGACUCUUGGCCUCCUAGCGAGUAUAUUUGGAAAUUCUCCAACUUAGUCAUAGCGGAUACGUCAGAACUCUUCCUUAAUUAUAGUAUUCCCCGGGAGAGGGCAGGCUGGUAUAAAUGUGUGGCUUCCAACAGACACGGCCAGAAAUCUAUUGAAACCUACAUCAAUGUUAUGUAUAAACCUGAAUGCAUAUUGUACGAAAGGAAGAACAACAAGAAACAGACAACUUUGGUAUGUGAGGUUCAAGCAAAUCCAUCCACUGUUAACUUCACGUGGAUGAAGGAGAACCAGACAUUUGAAGAAUUAGUAGUGUCUCGUGGAACACGAAGUAUAAUGACGGUGCCUGGAAAUACCCCAAAAUACCUCGGCACGUACCACUGCAUAGCAAACAACUCUGUUGGCGAAUCGGUUCCUUGUUCGUUUGAAGUUACAGGCGUGAUUGGCACUGCUGGUUGGGUACCUGACUUUGGUGAUGAGAACGUCAUCAUCGUUGCUGCUGUUGUUGCUGCAGUUGUGGUAGUCUUCAUUAUUGUUGUGCUCGUUGUCAUAAUGGUGGUGAAAAGAAGGAGAAUGCGCACUGGGGCCAAAGGAGUCAUGAAGGAAAGAAAAAUUUCUGAGGGUCGGGUUCAGUCAACUGAAACUACGUCGCUUCCAAACUCAAACAUUCUCCCAUCAUUUAUAUCUAACGGAAGUCCGUCAAUGAGAGGCGGAAAUUCAGUGGUCAGUUUCAAGAGGGUCGAAGAUUCCCGAAGGCGUCGGAGGACAGUUGCAGAUACUAAUAGUCCUUCUAAAAGAAAAACAUCUUACCAAAGUACAGAAAACGGUCAAACAGGGUUCGAAAAGAGAUAUAGACCGAUGUAUGAAAACAUGGUAUUUUCACAGAUAUUUCCUAGAGGGCCUAAUAAAACUCCUAUUCCUGCUGUGCGCAUGCGCACAAAGUUAUCAGAAGAUCUCGUGCAUGUUUAUGAGAAUAUCCCUCGGUCAGUUGCCAGUCUGACAUCACCUGCUAUUUCGACUGGUAAUGGUACAUUACCGUCUCGAUUGCAAGUUCACAAUCGCUCAAGUCAUCAUAGAUCUACCACAAAUACACUUAAUAAUCCUCCCACAAAAACUGUUUCAAACCCUAACAUCCCAUCGUCUACUGGAGUUACGAAUGAAAGCCAAAACGAAAUUCAAAAUGGCGUGUCAGCCUCUGCAGAUUCCCAGAACACAGUUAAGGCGCCAGCAGCAUGUAAUACUUCAGUGGCAGAAACAACCAAUACAAAGACUGCUACAACAAAUACUAAUGAAAGCUUAGUUUAUGCCGACUUAUCCUUACCAAACAGUGAAAGAUUACCUACAUUUAGGAGAGAAGCUCCCACUGAGUAUGCGACACUAAAGUUCAACAUCAGGGAAGAGGGAUUUUCAGACGGAAGUGUCCCCGUUUCGUCGGCCAGACUUCAGUGACGACCAUAUCUCCAGCGAUGUGUAUACGUAUACAUCUACUUAGAUACAUGUAUACACAUAUGUGUUUAUAUGUACGCGUAUGUAUAGCGUGUAUAUGAUUUUAAAUGGGUUGGUUUGCAUGUGUGUCAACCUCAUGUGCUUCUGAAAAUCUCCAGAAACUUCGACUUCUUCCAAAGAAACUAAUGAUAUAACCGUUUUAAAGCGAACUGUGAGGUAAUCCGGGGAAAAAUACUAGCUUGGAAACAGGUGAACUUUAAAUACCAUGGUUUAGAAGCAAAAAAAAAAAAAAAA